AUGGAAGAAUAUUCACUAAUGGAUUGCCUUCCCGCAGCAUGUCUGGACACAUUAAGAACAAUGUAUGGCAUAACACCGACUUUGGUUUCUCAAUUGAGAUAUUGUUCGAAAGACCAAUUUUCGAAUUAUGUGAAGUUGACGAAAGAGACAUUAGACAAGUUACUUGACUUCUUAACGCCAUACACCAAAGCCAAUUUAAUACUUCGCAAGUACUUUAAUGUACUCUCUUCGAACUUAUUUGCAACAUCAACCGACUUUGCACAACAUAUAGUUACCGUUCUUUCCACGAAAAUACCGUACAAUGUUGCGAUGAAAGGAAAACGACAGAACCUUUCGAUUGCAUCGCAACGCCCACAACAAAAUGCAAACGCACGGAACAUCACGUGGGACAAGACAUCCCUUCCCCCCCCUCAUUUUACACGACGUUUGCACCCACUCUAUCACGUAGUUGAUAUCAUUGCUGUGUCAAAACCAAAUGCCGUGGUCAACAUCUUCUGCCCAAACCCGUUUUUCAUUCGGUCGAUCGACAAAGAUGGUAAAGACACGACGAAGCCGCUUACUAUAGAUAACGUGACGUGUUUCUUCGAGAACGACGAGAGUGGAACGAUUCUACCAAUCAAAUUGAAGGAGGGCAACCGUGUUGUCGUGACGGAGGAUUCCGUCAUAGUCUUUUCAGCGAUUUUGGUGAGCACUGAGGAAAUGGUGGAGAGAAUGAUGAGAGAAGCAAGAGAGGAGAAGAGAGUCGUUCAAUCGAACGAACAAAUGACCGACGAGUUUGUCACAAGAGAAGUGAUCUCUUUGAAAUGUCUAGUUGGCUUGUGUAUGUUAAAGAACCCUGUUAGAAGCCGAUACUGUAAACAUGAGUAUUGCGUCGAGGCAAGUUCACUGGUGGAACGAAUGAAAUUGGGGUAUUGGAGUUGUUUUUGUAAGGCUAAAUGUGCGUGGAAAGACGUUGUUGUCGAUACGUUUAUUCAAGGCAUCGUCGAAAAAGCACCGGAAGACGCUACGUUCGCAGAGGUCGAAGGGAAGAAAGUUAUUAGAUAUUUAGAUGAAGACAAAAAAGAAAUCGGAGAUCGAAAAAUCACAAAAAUGAUUGAAGUCAUUGACGUGGAGGAAAUAGUCAGCUCGGAAAAUCAAGAAAAACAAAAUAGCAGUGACACCGAGGUAGAAAUUGUCGGAACGAAGGUCAAAAAAGAAAAUAUCGAAAUCGAAAAGAUAAACAGUUCGGAGACAAAUGAGAUUGACGAACAAUGGAACGAGAAGAGAGAGGAGAUCGAGAAAAAUGCAAAAUAUGAGGAGUGGUGGAAAGAAAGCGAAUUUGUGGACGUAAAUUUAGAGGAAAUUGAAUUGGAAAGUAAAACAAACGAUGAUAAGCCGAAGAUGGAUAUAUGCGAUGAGCAAGAAUAUUUGAACGUGUGGAAUGAUAAUAUCCCUAAUGAAGUGCAAGAAGAUAUAUGGAAAAGACGCGGACAAACCUGCGAAGACAUUUUUGUGAUUAAAAAGACUUGCCUUAAUAUGGUGGGAAAUAACUGUUUGGUCACACCAUUGUUUAAAAAUUCAGAUGAUAAGAAAGAGGAUGUCGAGGAAGACUUUUUUGAGGUGGUAGAUUAUGAUGAAAUGUAUGAUGAUUGA